CGCCGUAGUUGGCUUUAGUGUGCGAGAGGGAGAGACGCCGCUAAAGCACGCAGGUUGUUCAAAGUUGGAAAUUACAGUGACGAGGCGCUUAUGGAAAUAAAUGGAAUAUCAAUUCAAGACGCAUACAGACUUCUGUAACACUUUGUUGCUGCUCUCCUCCCCCAGAUUCUGGGACACACUGGAUGCUGAGGCCGCAGGUGCCAGGAGAUCAGUAGGACCUGUGGGAAGGCAGCCUCCAUGCUGAUAAAUGUGACCUCGAAGGAGUUUCAGGCCUGUCAUGGAGUGUCACCAAGCGGCCCCUGUGACGCGGCCAUGGAAGUAACUGGCAUGGACGUCAUCGCCACCCCGCUUGCCCCGCCUCCGCCGCCACCACCGCCUCCGCCCCCUCCGCCCCCACCCCCUCCGCCAUCUCCCGGCAUCACGCAGCUGCACUCCAUGCCCCGUUCCAAGCUGCGUAACCUCAACUGGGAACGCAUCCCUAAGGAGCGGGUGGAGGGCAGGCCGAGCGUAUGGAGCGAGCCCGCCGCCGCCGAGGACGACUUCGCCAUCGAUCUACGCUCGCUGGACGAGCUCUUCAGCCAGAGGGAGGCGCCGUCUGUGCAGAAGGCUAGCAGCUUCCGCCGAAGCCAGAGGCGGCGCGCGUUGACCCAGGAUGGUUCUGACAAGGUUUCCCUUUUAGAUGCCAAGCGUAGCAUGAAUGUGGGAAUUUUUCUGCGUCAAUUCAAGAGCCCCGCCAGGGAGAUUGUGGAGGACAUCAGGCAGGGGGAUGGAGAGAGGUACGGGGCGGAAAAACUGAGUGAACUUUGCAAGCUCCUGCCGGAUCGAGAAGAGGAGAAGCGCCUACGAUCCUUCCAGGGGGACCGCAGUCUGCUUGGGGAGCCUGAUCUCUUCAUGCUGCUUCUAGUGGAGCUACCCAGUUUUCGUCUGCGUCUGGAUGCCAUGAUCCUCAAGCAGGAGUUUGAACCGUCUGUGAGCUCCCUGUGUGUGGGGGCCCGCCGGCUGGGGGACGCAGCUCGAGAGCUGCAGAACUGUUCUGAACUGCAUGUGAUCCUGCGUCUGGUACUGAAGGCUGGAAACUAUAUGAAUGCAGGAAGCUACGCUGGAAACGCUGCCGGCUUCCGUAUUGCCUCGCUGCUCAAACUGGCUGACACCAAAGCCAACAAACCGGGCAUGAAUCUGCUGCACUUUGUGGCCAGGGAAGUGGUGAAAAAAGACCCAGGCUUGUUAUCGUUUCCCAGCCAGCUGGAGCAUGUGGCAGAAGCCUCCAGGCUGUCUGAAGAGUCACUGCAGGAUGAUGUCUCCCGGUUACGGGACAGGCUUACGGAGCUGAUGGCCAGCGUUCAGAGUGAGCCUGAGGUGCAGCAGCAGAUCCAACACUUCCUGGAGGUGGCAGAGAAGAAGCUGGAAGCGGCAGAGGCUGAGACAGAGGCUUUACAGAAUGACCACCAGGCCCUUGUUGACUUCUUCUGUGAGGACGAACAAUCUUUCAAGCUGGAAGAGGCAUGCAAAGUCUUCCACAGCUUCUGCCAACGCUUCCAAAAAGCAGUGAAAGAGAAUGCGGAGCGUGAGCUGAAGGAGCAAAAGCAAGCGGAGCGCAAGAAUGUGGAGAGGCGGCGUUCUGUGGCUUCCUGCUCAGGCCUGGACCUCGACAUGGGUGAAGACAGCCUGGAGCGAGCCCUGGAGAAGACCCUUAUCUCUGCCCAGACGCGCCGUAGCCUGCGCCAUACUACAUCCCUGGGGCCCUACGACAGCCCUAGAGUCGACGCGUCACCAAGGAGGCUUGGUUCUGGUGAUUCACCCAAGCAACAGGAAACCUGCACUGCAGCUACACAAACACAACAUGGACUCAGUCAUCAAGAGGGAAUGAGCACUGCUGACAAGGAGAUGCAACAUGGACUGAACACUGCUUCUACAAUUGGUGAUCAUGGACUGAAUUCUACAUAUCAGAAUGGGUUAAGUACUGAUACUUCAAGCAUCCAUUAUGGGCCCAAGUCUGAAACUCUUCAAAGUCAGUGUGAACUGAGCACUGUUACUGAACAUAAUACUGAUCAGCUUACCACAGUCAAAGGUACGUACAAUCAACAACAGGAGAGCACUCAUUGUAUAAAUAGUCAAAAUAGGCUGAUCUCAGAUGCUGCACAAAGUGCUCAGGACUUCAGUAAAAUACGAAACAACUCUGUGUGCGCGGGCUGGAGGCAGAAUAAGCAGCUUGCCGAGAGCCAACCUCAAACCUCCGUUCUUCCCGGUGACUUGCAAGCUCCGGAUGUAGAGACUGUCAGCGAGCCGUCCACGGACAGCGCUCAGCUGCUGAGACUUGUGUCCGAGAAGGUGUUGGCCCAGCAGAUGGGUUCAACGCCUGCUGCUGUCCUGGAGGUGAAUAAGCAUAGAGGUUCGGAUACGCCAGAGCGUGUUCCUCAGCUAGCUGAGGAAGCUGAACCGCCGAGGUCAAGCAAGGCGCGGAUGUACUCGCGUGUGGGUGAGACGCUGGAGUGCCUCACCCUUGUUCGUGGCCUACACUCCUACGAAAACAUAACUGUGCCAGUGCAACGGGCUCCACCCAGCCACUGUUCCAAAUGGAGGAAGGAAGUGGGUGACAGAGAAAGGUCUGUAUCUCAAGCAAGCAAGGAUGACACUCGGAGUGCAAAGUACCCUCUACGAGUUCGCAAGACCCAAGCGCCAAGGCCAGGGACCCUUGUCAAUGCUAACAUUUCUAAGGUCCGCAACAAGGUAGAUCAAGCCCCUGUCGAGGAGACCUCCCCCGCACGUGGAUCCCGCCUGCCCAUUACACGAAGCAACUCGGGGCGCUCCACAAUAGGCCAACGACCCCCGAGUGCCCAGACCCAAAUCAAACGAGCUAGCAGCGAUAAGGCUCGGGUCUUAGCCAACCAGGCCGUAAAAGCUAACCGUAACCUCCCAGAGAAUGCAACAAAUGAGAAAGACAAGGCUGGAGCCCCCCCGGCACCGUUCAUCAGGGGCUCCCCCAUGCGUGUCUCCAAGCGACUGGCACCCAAAGCCGAAUCCCACAUGGCAGCCGCAAUGCUGAGUCCCUCCUCAACCACUGCCAAAACUAUACGCACUUCCAUCAUUGCCGCCGCUGUGGCCAAAGAGGCCAAGACUUCAGACUCGGCCAGUAACAGGGUCUUAGGUUCACGGCUACCUGGGCCCAAGGUAGCUCGGCCAGCUGCCCAGCCCAUGUGGAGGUGAGGUCUGAGGUGACGACCUUUGACCAUUUGACCAUUAAAUGGAUAUUUCAUAGUAUAGGAGCAAAAAAAAUAAUUUUAUGUUCACAAGGAAGUGGAUGUAUUUUGUUUUUUUAUUUUUUUUUUUUUAUUCAGGGCAAACACUGUCAGUGGGAUGUGCAUUCCUUUGAGAGCACCAUAGUUUGCCUUUGCUGCUGGUACUUAUGUAGUAUGCUGGUUUCCCAGCUUUAUCAGUGGGAGUUUAUCCGAAUCUGCAAUGUUGUCAGUGAUCUUUAUAUGUUUGGAGAAAUAUGGGCAUCUGAUCCAGUGGAAGAGACUGUUAGGAGGCACAGAACAGAGUUUAGUUGAAUUGUCCACAGCCAUCAGCUUUUGUGAGAGGUGUGAACUUACUUUCUCAAGCUCAACUAAUUGGCUUUGGUGGAAAUGUUGAACUGUGUGUGCAUAGGAACAGUAAGGAAAUGCGUCAGGCAGAACUCAGUUUACGUUCUUCGGCCAAUUUAUACUUCUGUGUAGAAUCUACGCUGUUGGGAGCUUCGUACCCUACGCCAAAGCCUGACACUGGAAGUUGCAUUUCUGGGUAGGUGCGUGUCAGGUUGCGCUGUAGGGUUUGCAGCUGCAUCAUACUGAUGGCGUAGAUUCUACUCAGAGGUAUAAAUUAGCCCUUAGAUUUGACACUCUACCUCCAGCCGUUAGGGGAGGGGGCAAGAAAAUAAGGUCACCUGUGGUGUGGGAGAGGGUGUCCUUCGUUAAACCUCUUGAUAAAACACCAUAGCACCCAUGAUAUAUUGACAGCAUGCAAGGUGUUCUUGAUUAAAGUGCCUAAUAGAUGUGAUCCUUCAUCCUCUGGCACCCUGACUGAAAUAUCUCUUUCUGUGUCUUGUUUAUGCUAGCAGUCCAAAGUACUACUAUUACAUUGUUAAAUAUUUUGCUGCAUAUGGUGAAAAUGCAUAGGAGGUGUCAUCUUGGUUAAACCCCACCCUACCUCCAUUGUGCUGUAAUAGUCUGCAAUAUUCCAUUGAGAAUAUCGUAGCAGAAUGACCAAGUGGGCUUUUACCAACACAACCCAUUUGGCACAAAUCUAUUAAUUGGGGUGAAACGGUUCUCAAUAACCGCAUUUGAAGUGGACAGCAUUUCAGGGCUGAUUGUUAAUUGUGACUUGACCAUCUGGCAGAGCAGAGGACUCAGUGCUGUACUUGUACCCAUCCUUUCCCUCUCAGUAAAACCUCCUCAUUCUGGUGCACUUUACUGGCUGGUGAGGGACUGGGAUUGGGUAUCUGUAUUUCUGUAAGUGUGUGUGUGUGUGUGUGUAUGUGUGUGUGUGUGUGUGUGUUUCUCUUUAGUUUCACAAAAGAGAAUUUAAUUUAAAUUACAGAUGUGAUUGUAACUUGAUGUCAUUUUUUAUGAUUAAGUUCUGUAAAUAAGAGAAAAUAAAAUAAAGAUCAUUGUCCCAGUGUGA